AUGACCGAACCCGCGUACAAUGCCAUUGAAGACUAUGGUUUGAUCGGAGACAUGCACACCUGUGCCCUGGUCAGCAAGGCCGGUAGUCUGGACUACAUGUGCUGGCCAGUCUUCGACUCGCCCACAGUCUUCUGUCGCUUGUUGGAUGACAAGAAAGGCGGCUACUUCUCGGUGGCCCCGUACAAGACAGUCAUUGAUGCCCACAGCAAGCAGCGAUAUCUUCCGUACUCCAACCUACUCGAGACCCGAUGGACCAAUGAGGAUGGCGUUGUGGCCAUGCUGGACUACUUUCCGGUUACCCCGAAGAAAGGCGCCCAAUCGGCCCGCAUACUGUCGGGGUACUGUCCCUGCAACGAACCGGGGAGCAACCGCUUCAAGUCGGGCUUGCAACACUCAGGCCUGAUCAGAAAAUUGGAGUGCAGCCGUGGAUCGAUGGAGUUGCAAAUUGAGUUGUUCCCGGCUUUCAACUACGCCCGAGACUCGCACAACACCCGUGCGAAGUUGGAGAAUGAUCUGUCCAAGAAUCGGCUUCAGACGAUCCACUUCGAGAGUGAGACGGAAAGACUGCAGGUCGAGAUCUUCGCCGAUUCACGGGAGCCAGAAAAGCUUGGCUUCCCCAGCGCCUCUUUCAAACUGGAGGAUCGUGUGGGCAUGAAAGGCCGCGGGCUGGUCGCUUGGAUUCGCCUGUCGGAGGGCCAGACUGUGAACCUGGUGCUGCACAGCCCAGAGAAGUCAGUUCCCAGCUCGGCCACCAUGGCUGCUUACCUCUGGAAGAUGGAGGAGCAAACCUCUGACUAUUGGACCAACUGGACUCGCAAGUGUGCUUUCCGUGGGCACUACCGCGAGACAGUCGAGCGCAGUCUUCUCAUUCUCAAGCUGCUGACCUACAAACCAACGGGUGCUAUUGUCGCAGCACCAACCUUCUCGCUCCCUGAGAAUGUGGGCGGUUCGAGAAACUGGGACUAUCGAUACUCCUGGGUGCGUGACACAGCCUUCACGCUGUACGUCUUCCUCAAAAUGGGCUACAGCCAGGAGGCGGAAGCGUACGUCAACUUCAUCUUCGAUCGGAUCCUCCCGCAUGCAGCCCAGGAAGUCGACCCUAAUCACAAGAGGCCCUUCCUGCCGUUGAUGUUCACUAUUCGGGGUGAGUGCGAUAUUCCCGAGGUGGAACUUGACCACCUCGAUGGAUGGAAGGGUAGCAAGCCCGUUCGCAUCGGCAACGCUGCUGUCUUCCACACGCAGCUGGACAUCUACGGUGAAUUGUUAGACAGUAUUUACCUGUACAACAAGCAUGGAAAUCCCAUCACCUACGACCAGUGGAACUCCAUCCGGCGCAUGGUGAACUAUGUCAUCAGUGUUCGACAUGAGAAGGACAUGUCCAUCUGGGAGUCCCGUGGUCAAAUCCAAAACUUCAUCUAUUCAAAGAUCAUGAUGUGGGUUGCUCUGGAUCGUGGCAUUCGCCUUGCCGAAAAGCGCGCCAGUCUGCCGUGUCCGGACCGUUUCGACUGGAUCAGGAUUCGGGAUGAGAUGUAUGAUGAGAUCAUGAGCAAGGGAUACAAUGAGGAACGUGGCCAUUUCUGCCAGAGCUACGAGAGCCGUGACGUCCUCGACGCUUCCAUCUUGAUCGCACCGCUGGUGUUCUUUGUCCCGCCGAAUGAUCCGCGGUUCAUCAGCACGCUCAAGAGGAUCCUGGAAAGCCCCGAAAAGGAGGGACUGUCCAGUGCUAAGAUGGUUUUCCGUUAUGACCAUGUGAGAGCAAACGAUGGCGUGGGAGGGGGUGAAGGUGCUUUCAUCAUGGUCACAUUCUGGCUCGUUGAAGCUAUGGCUCGUGCUGCGAAGUAUGAUGUGCCCAUUCCAAACAUUUGGAAGCUUACGCUUUCACACUUUGACAAUAUCUUGUCCUACGCCAAUCACUUGGGAAUGUUCUCUGAAGAGGUUGCUAUUUCUGGUGAGCAAAUGGGUAACAGCCCACAAGCAUUCAGCCACCUGGCUUGUAUUAGUGCGGCUCUUAAUCUAGAGCAUCAAGCUAGGAUGGCGGGCGCCACCUUAGAUUGGGCUGAUAAGCCAAGUGCCGAUCUGGCAAUGUCAUCCGAUGAGGAGGACUUUGCUUCCAGCCAGAGCACCGCUUCCAUGGAACUCGAAGCUGGUACUAAGAAGACCCUCACGAUGGCACUGGGCAAGUUGCGCUUGGAGCAAGAGGGUGUGAACCAAGCUUCCGAGCAGGAAACCCCAAUAACUCCCCGCCCCAGUCAGACCCCACCGCAACCCAAAGAAAAGGCACAGCCACUACAGCUGUUAGAUCUGCCCUUGGAUGUCUUGAAGGAGAUUAUCAAAGAGGUCACGCAUACAAAUGACCUGACCUCGCUCGCCCUAACUUGCUCGGCUCUCCAUUCCCUAGCCAUCCCGCAUAUGUAUGCGCGCUUCGACAUUGUCUGGCCUGAAUCACUGAAUCCGCCAACUGACGAUUACUCGGGAGUCGAUGCGCUUUCAUAUGGGUUGUCUACCUUGGUCAUGGGCGAGGAUGUGUUUAAUCGACUACCCCUACUCCAGAAAGGCAUAUCCCAGAGCUGUCAAAGCUGUGGCUGCGAGCAGCCUCAUCAUGGACCGGAAACCAGACUGGAAGGCAAGGGCGCAAGGUUCCGGUCGCGAAGAGGCAACCACUAUGCUCAAUACACCCGCACUUUUUCCAUUGGAAACGGUCCAAUUAGCUGGGUACAGGAGUACUCAGUGACCAAAGAGGUGGGCAAGAUGCUAGGAACCUUGGUCGCCUUGGCAGUCGCGCGGAUGGUGAACCUCGAAGCUUUCGUAUGGGACAUGCCGACCGGUGUGGUUCGUGAGAUUUGGCUGGCGCUUGCAUCACUGGCAGACCGGCCUGGCCAUGAAUGUCGACUGGAGCGAAUCUGGGUCCGUUGGCAUGAUAAUUCGGAGAAUGCUUUGCGCAGUUCAUCGGCCGCAGCAACGAGGCUUUUUCACAAAUACAAACACGUGGAACAUCCUUCAUUAUCUGUGUUACCUCCACUCAAAAGCGUGGCUGUUCUUGACAUUGAUGAGCCCGCUUAUGUGGAGGAACUGGCACUACUCAUUGAAAAAUCGCGUCAUUGUCUGACAGAGCUUCGAAUUGGCAUUGCAAAUCAAGCUUACAUGAAGCCUUGGUUGCUUUGCGGGAAAGACGCCGAAGGUGCUUUGAGCUGGCCAAGAGUUAAUGGCGUCCUGGGAAUCCUGACUCGAGAGAUGCAGCCGAAGACUGAGGACAGUGCUGUAAUCACAUCCCUAGAGGAGGAUUCGUCUCCUCCAGAAGGCUCGGCAACGGUCGGUCUCAAAUCAACUGAUAUCACCGAGAACGGCGAAGAAAGACAAUCCAGCACUGAGCCGCCGCCUCCCAGUCCAUCGCAAGAAAAGAAGAUGUCAACAAGCUCUGGAAUAUCAAAUCGAAGUGACCGCUCGCCUGUCCCUCCUCCCAAGCACGACUCUGAGAUGCUCAAUCUAAAUGUCCUUGAGCUCGAGCGUGUUCCUCUGUCCAUCUCGACUUUACUGCCGGCCAUUGACUGGACUCGCUUAACAACCCUUACCAUAAUGCGCUGUGAGGACAAUGAAAAGCUUUGGAGGGCGCUGCGGCGGAAAUAUGCUCCCCCAGUGAUGCCGGCAAAACGUAAUUCUUCGGCAGGGCAUCGCGAGAGUAUACCUUCAUCAGACUUCUCGCUGAACCUGAAACAUCUUCGCACGGACACUGUUUCGCCAUAUCUCAUGCUCUUCAUCAAGGAUGCGUUGGCCCCAAACACGUUGGAGAGUGUGUUUCUACACGAAGCUCCAGGCCACGAAUCGAACGUACAGAUCGACGCCAUCUACCGCCAUAUCCUGCGGAGGCACCGACAGAGCCUGUGCAAAGUUCUCAUAGAUGCUACCGAUCGCACAAACCCCGCUAGCUCGCGAUCGCACAAGUGGAUGCUCACCCAUGAGAUGAUAGGAUUUGUCACCAGUGGAAAGAUGUUGCAGCUCAAGGAAUUGGGAAUGGCGAUGCAUUACCGGGACUGGCAUUACUUCCUGCAAAGGCUGCCUAGUAUGCCCCAGCUUCGAGCCUUAUAUCUACCGCAUAUCCACCACACAGUCCAUCGCGAUCUGAAAGAGCUUGCGCUCCAAGUUCUGGACAUCGUCAGUAUCCGCCCAGAUCUCAAAAUCGCAUACAUCGGUCUCCACACGAAAUGCUACCAGAUCCUCGAAGCCAGAAGUGAUGACAAUCCCCUCGACUUCGACGAUAAUCCCACAGCGGACCAUUCCCCGCCACACUCUGAUGACGAAGAAGAAGACUGGGUCGGCCCAGUGCAUAAUCACGACACGGACGAUACCGAUGACGACGACGCGGGGACAGCGGAAAACGAUUUAAUCAACAGCGAUCCAGAUGACUACGACUCAGAAGCGGACGAAGAGCAAAGUUCCUCGCGAAUCCGGUACCGACUGCAACAGAUUUUAUUCUAUGACGAAAAAGUAUCCAUUUUCAAAGCGCGACACGGUGUUUUGUGA